AUGGCAAACUCUCAAAGAAAAUAUAUUUGUUCCUUUUGCGCAAAAUCAUUCUCACGUUCUGAACAUAGAACAAGACAUGAACGAUCUCAUACAGGUUAUAAACCAUUUCAAUGUAAAAUCUGUAAACAUUCCUUUGUUAGAAGAGAUUUAGUUCAAAGACAUAUUAGAACGGUGCAUAGAGUAUUAUUAUUAGCAAGUAAACAAGAUAAUUUCGAUCCUAACGGGAAUAAUUCAACUAAUGAUAUCACACUCAACACAAAUCAUGAAGUAAUAUUAGAAGGUGCUGGUACUAAGAAAGGACAUCGCAAGAAUAAGAACAACAACAAAAAAAGAGAUUUAGAUAAUAAUGAUAGUGAUAAUAGCAAUAGUUCAGAUGAUCAAACUUUAGAUGAACUAGUCCGCCAGAUGAUCCAUGUAAGGGAUUUACCGAAAGAAAAUGAAAGAGAAAAAAUGAAUAACAGUAGUAACAAUAAUAAUAAUAAUAAUGAUAAUAAUAAUAGUAAUAACAAUAGUGGAUCGCGAGGUCAAAUUACUAGUAAUGCUAGCGGAAGUAGUGAAAUGGAUAGUAGUAAUAGCAAUUUGAAUAGCGCACGUCAAUCUUCUUCAUCUAUCUUAAGUGACAUUAACGAUUUAACAAAUGGUAAAAAUACCGGAAUUAAAGGUCAAUUUUCAACAAAAAAUAUCUUAACAGGUAGCUCUAAUAAUAAUAAUAGUAGUACAAAUGGACUCCGAGAAGAAAUUGACAAUUCAGUAUUAAAGGAUUUAUACCUGAAUAAUGUUAAUGAUUCCUUUAAUUCACAUUUAACAACUAACGUUAUUAAUAAAUUCCAUUUGAGUUAUUAUUCUGAUCAAUUACUUAAAAAUUUUAAUUUCGGAAUAACAUCUCUAAGGGAUAAUCAACUAUUUCUAAAUUCUAUUAGAUCAAUUUAUGAGUCUUGUAAUUAUGAUAAUGAUAAAUUUUUCCAGAAGGCAUGGUUUUCAGAAAGAGAUGCAUUUUUACCAAUAUUAGGUAUAUCGAUAUCAUGCCUAGGUAAUUUUACCAAAAAUAACGUCUAUGAUCAGAAUUUAUGGAUAUUAUGUUGGAAUCAAGCAAUGACAAGCUCUACUGAGCUCGGAAAACCCGAUAUUUUAUCAAUCUCAAUAUUGAUGUACAUUCUCUUAAAGACUCCCAAUUGUGAAAAGACUUGUUCAGAUGUAUUUCAAUUUUACCAACAAAGCUUAUUAUACAUGAUCAAUCAAUUGGAUACCUCCCAAAGAAUCGUCGAUUUUAUCGAUAUUAAAUCCUUCGAUAUAUGGAAUAUUUUUGAUGCUUGGGUAUUAUUAACAAAAACAAUUGAUAUAUUUGAUAAUGCCUCAUCAAUUAUCUAUAAGUGGUUCUUAAAACAAAAUAAUCUUUUUGCAGGGUUUCCAGAAUUAACUUUAUUUGAUUUCUUAAACUCUAGAAAUUAUGUCAUAGAAGAAAAUAUGUCUUUAGCUACUUUGAAUAUUUUACCAGACACACUCUAUUGUGAAGCGAAUAAUACUUUGUUUAACACAUCUAGAAAUAUCUUCUCUGUAGGUAGUUUCAAGUCAACAGAAGAAUUGCAUAAUAUAAUCAUCAAGAUUAAUCAGAAAUUUUCAAAUUUGACUAUGAAAAAUAUUAUCUCUGAAACAACAGACAAUGGUGGAGCUAAAAAGAGUAAUGAACAUCUAGUUAACGUUCAUGAUCCAAAUUUCAAUCUUUUAUUCCAAGAUUGGAAAAAGAAUACCUUGUUAUUAGGGGCUCCUACAAAAUUUACUAAUCUUUUAAUCGAUUAUGCCAUCCUGCCACAAUCUAAUAACCACUGGCUACUAUGGGAAUGUACUUGGUUCGAAUUCUUAAAGAGUUUAUCUCCGUCAGAAUUAGUUUACAAGAAAUCAUCAUUUUUAAAAUUACAAAUGUUACAAAAUAUUUACUUGGAUGGAUCAAUGAUUAACAAUAAUUUGGCCUUAUGUACGACUCCUAUAAUUGCAUCGUUAGAAAAUUUUGCGAAGAAUGAAGAUUUAUUCCCAAUAAACGGUAGAUUUGUGUCAUUGAUAGUCGAUAUACUAUCGUUUCAAUUAAAGUUUUUCUCAACCGAACUGGUUUCUUCACAGUUGAAUGGCCCUACUCAUAUCAUGGGAUUCUUGAGUAAUCCAAUGGUGCAAUUGAUUUUAUAUGUUUGGUUUUCAGUCAUUUACAAAAAUAAUAAUGAAUCAAUAAGUGUAUCAAAUGCCGAAUCAGAUUCAGUUAUUUAUUUUGUUGAAAAAUAUAUUAUUAACACAGAUCAAAACAUUGAUACAGAUAGAUUAUUAGAGCAUGAUAUUAAUGAAAUUCUUUUCAAUAACAAAUCAUCAGCCUAUAUUGGGUUCCAUUGUCUAAUCGAUUCUAUUGCUCGUUACAUUAAGGAUGAAAUCAUUAUCAAACGAUUAUUCCCAUUACCAACACUGGACCAAGAAACUAGGUUCAAACUAUUUGAAUUCUUAAAAUUGUUCGAAAACGAAGAGCAGGAAGCUGUCCCUAUGGUCAAGACUCCAAGUUAUUCGCAUAGACCAUCGAUCUCAUCUAUUGGAUCUAAUACAUUUAAUUUACCAACGUCUCCAAUGUCAUGUACACCGACUUCAAACAGAAGAUCAUCCGUAGUUUCAGUUACAGAAGAUGGCCAAAAGUUAUUACUUCCUCCAUUGAAUUUUAUUCCGGGACAAAUGCUGGCUUCACCACCAAACAAAAGGAAUUCCAUCCCAAAUAGUAGUUUCUUGGAGAGUAAUAAUACUUCGAAGGUUCUAUUCGGUACUUAUAAUGAUACCUUUGGUACUGUACCACAGCCAAUCCUACAUAGUGGUAAUCCAAAUACUUUAAAUCAUCUAAAGAAUUACUCAUAUGGUGGAGUAAAUGGGAAAGUAACUGGUAACCUACACGAUUCUACUAGAUUUAACCCACAUACAUUGCUAAAUCCAUAUGAUGAUGAUAACAAACCUCCGAUUAAAUGGUUACAGAAUAGACGUGCCUCCUUACCCUCUUUAUCAGGUGGAAAAAUGUUAAGUGGUCAGAUACUACCAUCAGCGUAUCCAAUUCCUGUCACCAAUACCAGUAUGGGAGAGGGUCAUGCGAUGAGACCCAUUCAACGGUUAAGCAUAUCAAAAGAUAGAUUAAAUAAUGAAAAUCAUAAUAAUCUUUAA